AUGGCAUUCAAGGUUGGAAUUCUAGUUGUUUCUGAUACGUGCUCGAAAGAUCCCUCCCAGGAUCAGACAGGACCAGCAUUGAUUUCAUAUUUCGACAAUCUUUCAAAAGAAUCCAAAAGACAAGAUCACAAUUAUGAAGUAUCAAAAACUGCAAUUGUGGCAGAUGUGGCAUCAGAAAUCCAGCGAGUUCUCAUAAACUGGUCUUCUGAUUCCGAAGACAUCCGCCUUAUCUUAACAUGUGGUGGAACCGGUUUCACUAAGCAUGAUAUUACACCUGAGGCUGUUAGUGAGUUAAUAACCAGACCUGCACCUGGUAUAGUUCAUGCAAUGCUCACGGAAUCUCUUAGAAAGACCCCUUAUGCGAUUAUGGCGAGACCUGUUGCGGGAGUAAUCGGUAAGACAUUGGUCAUAACGCUUCCUGGAUCACCACGAGGUGCAAAAGAGAAUUUCGGUGCCGUUUCUUUAACUUUAUGUCAUGCACUUGCCCAAUUAGAGCAUACUGGUGGUAGGGAACUCCACAUGAAGAUGAAUCGCACGUUACACGAUACAGAGCCAGGCUCUUCUGAAAGUAAGUUAGGUGAAAAGUGUAAUUCAGACAAAAGGUGUGGAUCUGAUCAAGAUCAGGAUCACAACAACAAUCACAAUCAUAAACAUGAGCACAAUCAUGAGCACAAUCACGAUCACGAUAAUGAGCACAAUCACGAUCAUAGUCAUAGUCACAAUCACAAUCAUCAUGGCUUGGUAAAGCACACACUCAUCAACCAGACGGAAUCUGGAGUGCCAUCAGUGGUCAAAAGACCAAGAAAAUCGCCCUACCCUAUGCUGGAAAUAGAAGAUGCAUUGCAAAUUGUUCUUGAGAACACCCUAAAGCCAGAAGUUACCACUAUCUCUAUUGAGGAUCCGGAACUUAUUGGGUCGAUUCUUUCCAAGCCGAUUUUUUCACCGAUGGAUGUUCCAAACUUCCCAGCAAGUAUUGUUGACGGUUAUGCAGUUGUGAGCACAGAUGGACCUGGUGUGUAUCCUCUUGAUUUUGCAUCAUGUGCCUCCGCUCACAGUGAAAAACGCUCUGUUGAGUCAGGACUAAUUGCAAGAGUCACAACUGGGGCCCCAGUACCCGCAGGAGCAGAUGCAGUUGUCAUGGUUGAAGAAACAGAGGUUGUUUCUACCCAAGAAGGUGGUAAGGAAGAAGAUCGUGUGUUGAUCAAGGCACAGAAUGUUAAACCUGGCGAUAAUAUCAGGAAGCCCGGCUCAGAUCUUUCUAAAGGAGCGGAAAUCUUUGCUGCAGGCCACCAGAUUACAAACGGAGGUGAAAUCGGAUUGCUUGCAAGUGUUGGAAUUCGGGAGGUGAGUGUUUAUCAAAAGCCACGCAUUGGUGUUUUAUCCACAGGUGACGAGCUCAGAAAUUACUCUGAUACCGUAUUAGACACAUCUUUAAGUUAUGGUGAAGUUUUUGACAGUAACAGACCCUCGCUGAUUUCGCUUCUCAGACAGUUUGAAUUCAAACCUGUUGAUUUAGGCAUAGUUAGGGACAAUGAGGGCCAAUUAGAAGAGACUCUAGACGCAGCUAUAAACGGCAAGCUCGGCCUAGACUACUUGAUAACUAGUGGGGGUGUUUCUAUGGGAGAAAAGGACUACAUCAAGCCAGUCAUCCAGCAGAAACUUAACGGUAAGAUUCACUUUGGAAGAAUUCGGAUGAAGCCAGGAAAGCCAACAACAUUUGCUACAGUUAAGCGUGGAGACGGUAGUAAUGCAAAUGGCCACCUCAACUUCUUCGCUCUUCCUGGAAAUCCUGCUUCUGCAUGUGUUGCAAUGCUUCUUCUUGUAAUUCCUUCUCUUCGAAAAUUCCAAGGUUUGUCUGAAAAAUCACUACAGCUCACGCAUAUCAGCGUGAAACUUGCUGAACCAAUGAAAUUGGAUGCAACCCGUGUCGAAUAUCCUCGAGUUCAGGUUUUUGUUGAUGAAAAUGGAGAUUUAGUUGCCAAAUCUACUGGAAUGCAAAGAAGUUCGAGAAUCGGCUCUUUUAAAAACGCCAAUGCCUUACUAAGGUUGCCAUCAGAAGCUGAACUUCAUAAAUCGGUCUUAGAACAAGGUCAACGUGCCACAGUGCUUGCUUUUGGUCACAUAGGUCCAUUGUAA